AUGCACAUGGCGCUGCCUCUGAGGAAAUCCUCGAAUCCUCCACCGUAUGCGACUCGAUCGACACGUUUCCCGAUGGUGCGGAGGAGUAGAGUGCAAGCCAUCGCCUUAUGUGCUUGCGCAGUCGGUGCAUUCAUAUUCAUACUCUCCCAGAUAUUUGGAGGCUCAGAGAGGAUACCGUCUGGGACGCCGCCGGUAGUUAUUGUGACGGUUCUGAACCCGGAACUCUACAGCAAGGAGUACUUAAACAAUAUCAAGGAUAACAGGAUAGAAUACGCGAAGAAACAUGGCUACACCACUUUCUUCCCAACAGUUACAGAUUACGAUUUGGGCGGUUCCCCUGCCUCUUGGUCGAAGGUUCCUGCGGUUCGACACGCCUUGACCAAGUUUCCGCACACAACCUACGUCUGGUACCUGGACCAGAACUCCCUCAUAAUGAACCCAGACAUGACUUUGGAGGGAGAGGUCAUGAAUCCGAAGAAACUGGAGAGCUUGAUGAUCAGGGAUCAGCCAAUUGUGCCCCCUGACAGUGUUAUCAAGACUUUCCCACAUCUGAAAGGAGCCAACAUCGAUUUUGUCCUUACCCAGGACAAGGACGGACUAUCGCAGGGUAGCUUCGUAAUUCGAAAAGGGGAUUGGAGCAAGUUUUUUCUGGAUACGUGGUUUGAUCCGCUGUACAGAUCUUACAACUUCCAGAAGGCAGAUACGCACGCUCUGGAACAUAUCGUGCAAUGGCACCCAACGAUUCUUUCGAGACUGGCCCUAGUACCGCAAAGGGCAUUGAAUGCAUACAGCAAGAGAGAGCUUGCCUCACCAGAGGGGACGUACAAAGAUGGGGAUUUCGUCAUCCGUUUUACAGGGUGUGAUGGAGUCGGGCGAAGCUGUGAGGGAGAGGCAGAACCAUUCUCAAAGCAAUGGCGGACAGCAUUCCGCCAACGAUAA